AUGAUGGUGGCACCCAUGCGGGCAUCGCUGUCUCGCUGUGAUGCAGAGCUCCUGCUUCAGCCCGUGCUCCCGGGCCACUGCUACGGUAGACACGAGGGGAGAUUGUGUCCCCCCCACCACGAAGCAGCCCCUGCUCCCCGUCACCCCACCGAGCUGCAGGAGCCCCAGGCUGACUACGCUGAGCAGGAGCAAGCUGGCGGAGCCAGGAGGAGGAGGAGGACGGUGGUGGAGAGCCAGUCAGCCAUGCUGGGGGAACAGGACCAGAUGCAGCCGGCUUCUCCCCCCUCCCCGGCAGAGCUGGACAUGGCCCAACUCGCCAUCAUGGGCCUCUCCACCAUCAUGACACUGCUGUCCGUCGCGAUCUUCGUGGAAGAGGCUUUGUACCUCACCCGUAAGAUCCGCUGCCCCAUCAAGAUGAAGACCCUUUGCUGGAGCAGCUCAGCCCCUACGGUUGUGUGUGUGAUCAGCUGCUUCGGGCUGUGGAUCCCACGCUCCAUGAUGGUGGUGGAGAUGGUUACCGUAAUGUACUUCGCCAUCUGCUUCUACCUCCUGAUGCUGGUCAUGGUGGAGGGCUUUGGGGGGAAGGAGGCAGUGCUCAGCACCCUGAAGGAUGUGCCCAUGAUGAUCAACACUGGGCCCUGCUGCUGCUGCUGCCCCUGCCUGCCCCGAAUCUCCAUGAACAAGAGAAAGCUUCAACUGCUGAUGCUGGGGACCUUCCAGUAUGCCUUCUGCAGGGUGGUCGCCGUCUUCCUGGGGCUGGUCCUGGCCACCGAUGGGAACUACAACCCUGCUGACAUCUCGGCGGAGAGCGUGGCCCUCUGGAUCAACACCGUGGUUGGCGCCUCCACCCUCUUCGGGCUGUGGGCCCUGGGCAUCCUCUUCCGGCAGGCCCGGCUGCACCUGACGGAGCAGAACAUCAAGGCCAAGUUCUUCUGCUUCCAGGUCCUCCUCAUCCUGACAGCACUGCAGCCCGCCAUCUUCAGCAUCCUGGCCAACAACGGCAACAUCGCCUGCUCGCCGCCCUUCUCCUCCAAGGCCAGGUCGCAGCAGAUGAACACGCAGCUGUUGAUCCCGCAAACCUUCAUCCUGGCGGUGGUGACGCGGAUGUACUACCGCAAGCAGGACGACAAGCCAGGCUACCAGCCCAUCAGCUUCGCGCCCGCAGGCACCGAUGUCACGGCAUGA